GGAGGCAGGCCAGAGGGAGGGACCGCCUCGGAGACAGAAGCGCCGCAAGGAGAGAGCGGAGCACCGCGGGCUGGGGCUCAGCCUUCCGCCUCUCCCCGCGCCCCCAGCCCCUUCUCCUUCGCGCCCCGGGCAGCCUCCAGCAUUCGUCCCCAGGCAGCAUGGUGAAGUCUGCUCUCGGGCCCUCGCCACCAUGUACGUGAGCUACCUUCUGGACAAGGACGUGAGCAUGUACCCCAGCUCCGUGCGCCACUCUGGCGGCCUCAACCUGGCGCCGCAGAACUUCGUCAGCCCCCCGCAGUACCCGGACUACGGAGGUUACCACGUGGCGGCUGCGGCCGCGGCGGCCGCGAACUUGGACAGCGCGCAGUCCCCAGGGCCAUCCUGGCCGCCCGCAUAUGGCGCCCCGCUCCGGGAGGACUGGAACGGCUAUGCGCCGGGGGGCGCAGCGGCCGCCGCCAACGCCGUGGCGCACAGCCUCAACGGGGGAUCCCCAGCCGCCGCCAUGGGCUACAGUAGCCCCGCGGAUUACCACCCGCACCACCACCCACACCACCACCCGCACCAUCCGGCCGCUGCGCCUUCUUGCGCCUCUGGGCUGCUGCAGACGCUCAACCCCGGGCCGCCCGGGCCGGCCGCCACCGCCGCCGCGGAGCAGUUGUCCCCGGGAGGCCAGCGGCGGAACCUGUGCGAGUGGAUGCGGAAGCCGGCGCAGCCGUCUCUUGGAAGCCAAGUGAAAACCAGGACGAAAGACAAAUACCGGGUCGUGUACACGGACCACCAGCGGCUGGAGCUGGAGAAAGAGUUUCACUACAGCCGCUACAUCACCAUCCGGAGGAAGGCAGAGCUGGCUGCCACGCUGGGGCUUUCAGAGAGGCAGGUUAAGAUUUGGUUUCAGAACCGAAGAGCAAAGGAAAGGAAAAUCAACAAGAAAAAGUUGCAGCAGCAGCAGCAGCAACAGCCACAGCAGCAGCCACCUCCACCGCCUCCCCAACAGCCUCCCCAGCCUCAGCCUGGUCCUUUGAGAAAUGUGCCAGAGCCCUUGAGUCCUGUGUCUUCCCUGCAAGGCUCAGUGCCAGGUUCUGUCCCUGGGGUUCUGGGGCCCACUGGGGGUGUGUUAAACCCCACUGUCACCUAGUGACCCACCGUGGUUGGCAGUGGCAGAGCAAUUCCAGGCUGAGCCAUGAGGAGCAUGGACUCUGCUAGAAUCCUCAGAAGAGACCCCUCCACUCCCACCCACAAACACAUACCUAUAAACCUAGCUCUCGAGGAAAAAUGCGGGCUGCGAGUAAAGACAAGUGGGAUGGAGCUCUCAAGGAAGAUAUUCUCCCAGAUUUUUCCUUUUUCCAGUCUGGCUUUUUCUGCCAUUGAGGAGACAGGAAAUGACUACUGGACUUCCUUCACCACUGGCAGAAGCAUUGCCUGGACUGACCACACUGACCAGGCUUUCAGCUUUCUCCUCCCUAGCUUUUGCCUCCAAGAUCUGCAAACUGCAUGCCUGGCUGGAACUGAGGGGAGAGAGGGACUCAGGAACUGCACACUCGGAGCCAAGAUGGCACUGCCUGCUUACAACCACCCAAGGCCUAACUGGCCCUCCUGCCUCGGGGCGGGCAAGAUUUAAACUGCAGAAGCCAGAGGCAGCUAAGAUAGAAGGCUGGACUGACCAAAGACUGCAGAACCCCCAGGUGGCCUGUGUCUUUUUUCUCCUCCCUCUCCAGAUCAGGAGAGGCAUGGCUGGUGUAUGGUGGUGUGUGGUGGGAGGGGGUGGUUAUUGGACUCCAGGCCUGACAAGGGGCCCCAGACAGGGCUUGUUUAGAAAGCCUGUCACCAGAGCUUCUCUGGGCUGAAUGUAUGUCAGUGCUAUAAAUGCCAGAGCCAACCUGGACUUCCUGUCAUUUUCACAAUCUUGGGCUGAUGAAGAAGGGGAGUUUUUGUUGUUGUUGCUGCUGUUUGGGUUGUUGGUCUGUGUAAACAUCCAAGCCAAGAUUCUAAAAGCCUUCUGAAUCUAUGGGAAGAGAACGAUAUGGUGAAGGGAAGUGGGGGAUAUUUGAACACUUUUGAAUUUUUUUUUCUAAAAAGAAAAAAGAGAUAAAUGAGCAUUCCUGAUUUCA